AUGAACUGUAGCAAGAACUCUGACUUUGUCCUCUCAGGGCUGUCCAGUGACCCAGACAAACAACAGCUCCUCUUUGGUCUCUUCCUGGCCCUCUACUUGCUGAGUGUCUUAGGCCACUUGCUACUUCUGCUGACUAUUGGUGCUGACUUCCACCUCCACACCUCCGUGUACUUCUUCCUUAGCCAGCUCUCCCUGGUGGACCGCUGCUUCACUACCAAAACAGCCCCCAAAAUGCUGGCGGCUUUGUGGACCAGCAAUGGAUUGAUCUCUUUUUCUGAGUGGGUGGCCCAAUUAUAUUUCUUUCCACUUUUUGCUGAUAUGGACAGCCUGCUUUUGACUGUCAUGGCUAUUGACCACUAUGCUGCCAUCUGCCAUCCUCUACACUAUCCACUCCUAAUGACUCCUUGCAGAUGUGGACUGCUGAUGGGUGUGUCAUGGGGAGUGGCCUACUCAGACUCUUUGAUCCAAACCUUGUUGCUAACCUGACUGUCAUUCUAUACUAAUCUAGAGAUUCCCCACUUUUUUUGUGAUUUCAGCCCACUCUUACGGCUUUCCUGCUCUGAUACCCACCUCAAUGAGGAACUAUCGAUGGUUCUGACAGGACUUUUAGGAAUCAGCCCUCUCCUCUGCAUCAUAAGUUCUUAUGCCCAUAUUUUCCUUGCUGUAGCUAGGGUCCCAUCAGCACAGGGUAAAAAGAAAGCCCUGGCCACAUGCAGCUCCCACCUCUCCAUGUUCAUUCUCUUCUACAGCACAGUCUUUGCCACCUACCGGAAGUCCCCAUCAACUUCUCACAUCUCUGGGGAGCUGGUUGCUGCUGUCAUGUAUACCCUGGUAACUCCGACUCUCAACCCCUUUAUUUAUAGUCUGAGAAAUAAGGAUGUGAAUAGUUCACUGAAAAGGGUUCUGGGUAUGGAGAGUUCUUGGGAUUAA